AUGGCGGCCACCAACUCGAUACUGAUCUUUGGCUUGGCAUUAGUAAAGAUUUCUGUACCCGACGAUAAUGUUGUAAUAAUCGUGAUUUCUGUUCGCAAUAGCUACUUCCACGGUGCCAACGCUGAGGGUGAGACGGUCCACUUCGGCCUGCCGCUGCUCGUGCAAGUUCACAGUGACAAAGACGUCAUUAAGGCUGCCAUCGCCGGCAGAAAUUUCGUGAAGCUGCGAGAUUUCAGCAUCGGUGCUUUCCUGCCCAAGAGUCACCAUGGCAACGCUCCGGAGCCGACCGAUGCCAGCGUCAAGCUGGAUCAUAUCCCUGCUCAGCGAUUCUUUGUGAAGGACUUCGGCGGAGCCGGCAUAGGCAUUCGCAAGUUGGCUCACGCCAAGUACCUGGCGGAUAAGCUGAAGGCCAACGAGGAGGUCUUUGAUCAUGACUGGUUCUACAUAGCACGCUACAGCAGACCCAUGCACAGGUAUCGGAGGCGACGUAACGAGAUCUGGUUCUUCGCUGCAAAACUGGGAUUGCCCGCCUAUGUGCCCGCGGACGUCGAUUAA